CGCGAAGACUUCACACUGUCCAGUUCUAACCUCUACCACAGUGUUAGAGCAAUUAAAUCCUGGCCUACUAAAUAGUACUUGUUUCCGAGUUCUCUCAUUCCAUGUUUAAUUUGGCGCAAGAUGCGCCGAGACCUGACCAUUUCCUCUUGGUACAUUGUUUCUAGUAUAGCAUAUACCGAACAGCGACGAGUUCUAGCUCCAUCUAUAGCUGCAUUCCAAGAACAAUUUGUCUACUAGAUAAAUGCAUCUCGAAUCGCGGGCGGCAUGUUCCCCCCCUCUGCACAAAUGGCACCGCCUCUGGCUCCCCCCAUCUAAAUUUAUAACGCGCUGCUAGCUACUCCCGGCAACUACUGUGGGGCAGGGGCGCAGGUGGCUCCGACAGCUCCGCCGGGGCUGCUCGCAAGUGGAUGGUCCAUUUCCGCAUUGUGAGGCACAACGCUCCAGCACGCUUAUCAUUAAUAUGUCGACAAAGGAAUUGGAAGAUUUACGCCGCCUUAUCGCAGAAGAACGACGUCUGCGCGAAGAAGAACAACGCCUGCGCGAAGAAGAACAACGCCUGCGUGAAGAAGAACAACGCCGACGUGAGGCUGCCGAACAAAGUCUACGCGCAGAAGAACAACGUCGACGCGACGAAGAAGAAAAUCGACGCGCAGAAGAUCUACGUCGACGUGAAGAAGAAGAAAAUCGACGCGUAGAAGCUCUACGUCGACGCGAAGAAGAAGAACAUCGACUUGCGGUCGCGGAGGAACUUGCCAGGGAGUCACGACCACAAACACUUGAACAGUAUCUCGGGGCUACGCAUGAACUGGAUCUUAGUAUUCAAGUCGUCACUGACCCGUCCUCGACCACAAAAGGCGAUGCUACGAAUCCGGCUGGUCGGAUAUACCCUCGACGCAUCGUCCCAUGGCAUGACUUCGCAGCAAAACAAGAAGAAGUCUGGGAAAGACUAUCUACCAGCCCACAGUUCUACUCUGAAGCCGCUUUUCCUUCAAAGCAUCAAUUAGCGUAUGUUCAGUCCAUUCUUCAACCUAUUAGUAGUGAGAUUGGACUUCGGAACUUUGAGCGUGAUGUGGUAGAGAAUGCUGUCCAGAAGCUGGUCGAAAGGUCUUAUAAAGACCCAGUGUUGAGGGAAAAUCUCGGCCUGCAGGGGACGGUUGCUUUUGAGAGCCAUACUAACCUUACCGCUCCUAAUAACACCCUAUCUGAAUCACUCGAACAGAUGUCAAUCGGCGAUAGCGUGGCACCAGCUGGGCCAUCGACGUCCCGAACGAAGUAUCGACAACAAACAACGCGGCGACGAGCAAGGGGAAAGGGCAACAGAGCGGAUCAAUUCUGCAUUUACAGAACCUCCGAUGGGCGGAAUAUCCCAGUGCUCGCAAUUGAAUAUAAAGCACCACACAAAGUUGGUAUAGACGAGAUUGUUACUGGUCUCGAGUCAGAGAUCCAACCUGAUCGUGAUGUGAUCAACCAAGAUGUUGAUAGCUUUGCGUCGAGUUCUCGAGCUCUCUCUGCGGCAGUUGUUACUCAGCUCUUUUCAUAUAUGGUCGGAAAGGGCAUACCGUACGGCUACUUCUGCACCGGCCAAAUCCUCGGAUUUCUUCACAUUGGAGAUGAUCCAGCUACUGUCCAGGUUGCACUUCGCGUACCUGCCUUAGAUGUCGUGGACAGCGAUGAGAAUGGGCUUCACUUCACAGCCACUGCACAAGUAUUCGCCUUCUUGCUCCAGGCGAUGGCCGCCGAUCCACCCCCCGAGUCAUGGCACGAUGCAGCAGAUAAGCUUGACACUUGGGUUGUUGAGUACGACGACAUUUUGAGCAAAAUCCCCAUCUCGGCAAAGAAAAAAGAACGCCAUGCGCCGUCGUAUCGGCCGCAGCGGUGGAAAGGCUUCAAGCGAUCGCCGAUUCAAACACGUUCACGUUGUAAGCGCUCUAAUCCGGCCUUGUCUCAUUCAGAAAGUGAUGAUGAUCCCCCGUCGCCAACUCCAGACCCAUCCACAAAGACCAACCAGCAAGUGACUCCGGAUGGGACCGCCAGGGCGAGUGACAAAACGAAACAUGGCAGUGGAAAUCAUUCGAACCAGCAAGUCCAACAGCAUCAGCGCCAGCUUCAAACCAAUGCAGUUAAUAUUAAAGAUCGACUGUUUUGUACACACAAAUGUUUGCUCGGGUUGGCAAAUGGCGGACCGCUAGACCCAGCCUGUCCAAAUCUACCAACCCACGGCCAACAUCAUAUUAAGCAGGCCGAAUUUAUAGAGCGCAUACGAACUCAGCUUAGAACAGACCGUGGCCACAACGCAGAUUGCAUGUGCCUCUAUUUGUCGGGCCGCCGUGGUGUACUGUUCAAGGUGACACUCUCUUCACACGGCUAUACAAUGGUAGCGAAAGGCAUGGAGAGUUUUGAUCAACAUUUUCUACUUCACGAAAAGAGCAUUUAUGACAGACUACGCCCCAUCCAAGGCAGAUCUGUACCCGUUUGUGUUGGUAUUGUUGACUUGGUGCUCCCUAACCAUUUUGACGGCGGCGUUUAUAGCCAGUUUCUCUUUCUUAGCUGGGCUGGAGAACCUCUGCCCAAAUGUGUAAAUGCAACGCAGGAAGUUAGCUUAGUGGGCGGUGUGAAGGCGGCUCUGAAGGCAAUUCAUCGACUACGAGUAUUACACCGCGACGUUGCGGGACGUAAUAUAUUGUAUGAUGCGAACGGCAAUGUUAUGGUGAUCGACUUCGAGGGCUCAGAGGUCCGCGACAAACAGCCUCUCGAACAGCUCAGCUUAAAUAUUCUGAGACAGAAACGCUGCUAUCAAGAUAAAAAAGAAAGAGACGAGUUCGCGAGAGAAUUACAGGCUGCCCUUGACUUAAUUACGAGCCGAGCCAUGACUUCUAAUUUGACUGGUACGAGUCUGAGAGUGAUGGAGGAUAACGUAACCAAGGAAACUCUUCUCAAUAUAAACCGAGCUUCUAGACCAAGAAGAUCGAGGAUGAGGCAGAUUGGCAGCUAUUUUGACGAUGAGAUGGUUAGAUUAAAGGCACAACACACGGCCGACCGAGCGUCAACAUAUAGGAACCAAGUUAGAUAGAAAGUUGUUAAGUAAGACCUAAGCAGUUAUUUCAGUAUCAGAAAUAGAAAUAUUAACUACAAGGUCUGAAUCGGACGGGCAACGGGAGCAGCUAGCCCCCUUCGACCGUCCUAAAUAAAGCUAUGAAAUAAGAGAGUAGAUUAUUUAACCCUAAAUGUUAGGCUAUUGUAGACAUGUAGUAGGAUCAUUUGGCGAAAACCCAAUGAUGUAUACCCUCCCUGAAGCACACCCAAUUACGAUAGUACGUCCUGACACAGCUGAGCAAGUUGGCCGAACCUCUACUGGGAGCCAGAGCAAGUUAUCUCCAUUCCACGUGACCCAGGACCUAUCCCUAUUAAUGCCAUAGCCAGAAGGAUUCGUAGAUAUUACCUUGCUAUAAGAAUGUGUAGAAGUUGAUAUAGGGCCGAUGCGAUAUAUGGCAAUGGCGCCAACAUCAGUUAGUAGAAGCAAGGUAUUUGGUUUAAAUGAUAGGAAAUAUGAAGUGAUUCCAAGAUUAACAGCUUGGAUGCAUUCUCCUGAGUCGGUGUGCCAGAGCCGUACAGUCCCGUCAUCAGAGGCUGAUGCUAUUAGCAUCGAGUCAUGCGAGAAGGCCACAGAUUGAACCCCGUUGAUAUGGCCCUCGAGCGUCUGGAUACAUUCUCCCGAGUCGGUGCGCCAGAGCCUUACAGUCCCGUCAUCAGAGGCUGAUGCUAUUAGCAUCGAGUCAUGCGAGAAGGCCACAGAUUGAACCCAGUUACUAUGGCCCUCGAGCGUCUGGAUACAUUCUCCCGAGUCGGUGCGCCAGAGCCUUACAGUCCCGUCAUCAGAGGCUGAUGCUAUUAGCAUCGAGUCAUGCGAGAAGGCCACAGAUUGAACCCAGUUACUAUGGCCCUCGAGCGUCUGGAUAUAUUCUCCCGAGUCGGUGUGCCAGAGCCGUAUAGUCUUGUCAUCAGAGGCCGAUGCUAUUAGCAUCGAGUCAUGCGAGAAGGCCACGGAUUGAACCCAGUCACCAUGCCCCUCGAGCAUCUGGAUACAUUCUCCCGAGUCGGUGCACCAGAGCCGUAUAGUCUUGUCAUCAGAGGCCGAUACUAUUAGCAUCGAGUCAUGCGAGAAGGCCACGGACCGAAUCUCGCUGCCAUGGCCCUCGAGUAUCUGGAUACAUUCUCCCGAGUCGGCACGCCAGAGCCGUAUAGUCUCGUCACUAGAAGCCGAUGCUAGUAGCAUCGAGUCAUGCGAGAAGGCCACAGAUUGAACCCAGUCACUAUGGCCCUCGAGCGUCUGGAUACAUUCUCCCGUGUCUGCACGCCAGAGCCGUAUAGUCUUGUCAUGAGAGGCUGAUGCUAUUAGCAUCGAGUCAUACGAGAAGGCCACGGACCGAACUCCAUCGAUAUGGCCCUCGAGCGUCUGGAUACAUUCUCCCAAGUCGGUGCGCCAGAGCCGUACAGUCUUGUCAUCAGAGGCUGAUGCUAUUAGUAUUGAGUCAUGCGAGAAGACCACGGACCAAACCCAGUCACUAUGGCCCUCGAGCGUCUGGAUACAUUCUCCCGUGUCUGCACGCCAGAGCCGUAUAGUCUUGUCAUUAGAGGCUGAUGCUAUUAGCAUCGAGUCAUGCGAGAAGGCCACAGAUUGAACCCCGCCGGUAUGGCCCUCGAGCGUCUGGAUGUAUUGACUCCAGUUACGCCCUACCUUUGGCUUAAGGUGUAUCCAUGUAGCCCUAUCCUCAAAGACGGUUCUUAUUUUACUGGCCUUUGGUGUAAAUAUAAUGAGGGAGGAAUAUAUCUGAAGAAUAGUUGUGUUUAUUAUGGGCAUAUUAGUACGUAGAAAGCGGGUUGCAUCGUCGAGGAAGUGCGAGAGCUCUAUACUACUUUCGGACUAAAUUGUGGUGAGCCAGCGGGUAGCUAUAAUGCUAAGGAUAUUUUACUCACCAUAAGUCGUGAUUGCAAUGUCUUGAUAAGACUUAAACUCUCUGUAGCCCUACCUAUCAGGGCCAACGCUUCUAUCCAAUGGAGGAAAUGUAGUAUCAAAAAUUCAUGGGGUUUUGUACCAUCCGCAAUAAAAGUAUCGGCCUUUUCCACGUGAUGCACCCAAUAAAGACAUGCAUAUUGUACCCCUGGCGGUAGAUAGGUGUCAAUUCUCUGAGAGCUUAUGGCUGAACGAGGUGUACCUGGAGCUUUUAUCUCACAAAUGUCUUGCUUGAGACAUUCACUAAGAAUACGCAGACAGUUGCCUGCCAUGUCGCUGUGCGUUUGCUUCUCGUUAAUCCAGAAUGGGUUUAUUUCGCUCUUAUUAGGAUCCACGAGGAAGUCUCGGAACGACAAAUGCAAUAGCCUAACAGGAGACAAAGUAGAUACCGGGACGCUUAGGACUGAAUGAAGCAUAUCCAAUUUGACGUCAAUAGUCUGUCUGGAAAUGUUAAGUAAUUGGGCUAGAGCAGACGUUGGCAACGGGCUUGCGAGAAUGAUAAUUGGGCCGACAACUUUACGGAACUGUUGAAGUACCUUUUCCCGUUGAGUAUCAGAUAAGCCGGUGAUCAUUUUGUUUAAGACAGGCAUAUAUGUUGCAUCCAGUUGUUCCAAUUGUAAUCCGUUAUUUGACUGAAAAUCUAAGAUUUCCUUGAGUUUCUCGUCGGGGACACCACAUCUGCGAUCUGAAACAAAGCGGCAAACAGUGGCGGCAAAAAUAAAGAGUGGAACAGCCAUCUUAGCCAGACACUGGAUGUCGGAUAGGCUAGGCCAGCCUGUAGCAAGUUGUCGGUCCUGCGAUACUGAACUAUUAUACUCGUCUCGAAUUUCUGCAAGCUCAUGUUCUAAGAAAGUGAAGAUGUCGCGCUCAACCACGGGUUCAGGCAUUUCAUGCAAGACUAUACCCUGAUAAGUACCUUCAAUUGCCUUAAACCCAAGGCGAAGCGGCAGCUCAGGUCGGCUGGUAAGAAAGACUUUUAUUUGUCCAGAUUGUCUAGUCGUGUUGCGAGAAAACAGGUGAAUCAUGAGCCUUAUAUUUUCAUCACGUUCACAUUCAUCCAGUGCAUCAACGACAAUGACUGUAGGGCUAUCUUUCCUUGCCUCUGUUAUGCUUCUUGAUAGCGGUUGCAGGAAGAGCUUAUCGAACUGCUCACGAGCGUUCUUCAUUGGCGUAGAAGGAUCCGCGUCGAGGGCCUCUUUGAUGUGGGACGCGGUGGCUGGUUCUCUUACUGCUAGAUCAGCCGCAAUUGUUGUGAAGAACUUGGCCAGGCUUCCACGAUCGGCUUCUCCUCUCUUGAAGAAGAAGCUAGCACCAAGGUGGCCUCUAUCUGCAAAUGACUGUGCGACGGUGCGAGAGAUUGUAGACUUUCCCGUCCCUGCCAUUCCGUUGAGCCAGAAGAUGGAUUCCGCGCAUGGAUCCUCAACCCAAGCUUGUAUUUGGCGGAGUAAUUCGAUUCGUGUGUUUUCCAAGCAGGUCUGGUUGUGUUCUUCGGCGUGAGAGUCGAAGGAGGCACCUUCAGCGAUAGGGAGGCGGUCAAGCACCAUCCUCUGCUGACCAUUAAGUAUGGUUGUGCUAAUUGGACGGCGGUUAGUUAAAUAGGUUGUGAGGGAAAAGGUUGCCGCCUU